AUUUAUUUAUUUUUAUUUUAACAUUGUGUUUAACGAUCAAUAGAUUAUACAUUUAAAAAAAAAAUGGAAAAAAAGAGUGCUCAAGUUGAGAGACCAGUUGUGUUUUUUGAUAUUUCUAUUGGUGAUGUGCCUGUUGGUCGAAUGAAAAUGGAAUUAUUCUCUGAUAUUGUACCCAAGACAGCUGAAAACUUUAGACAAUUAUGUACUGGGGAAUACAAACGAAAUGGACAACCUCAAGGAUAUAAAAAUUGUCUAUUUCAUAGAGUCAUUAAAGACUUUAUGGUUCAAGGUGGUGAUUUUCUUAAAGGAGAUGGUACUGGAUCUAUGAGCAUUUAUGGAGAGAAAUUUAAUGAUGAAAAUUUCAUUGAAAAGCAUAGCAGUGCAGGUUUAUUAUCAAUGGCUAAUUCGGGUCCAAACACGAAUGGUUGUCAAUUCUUUAUUACUUGUGAUGCCUGCGACUUUUUAGAUGGUAAACAUGUUGUAUUUGGUCGUUUGAUUGAUGGUCUAUUGACACUUCGUAAAAUUGAAAAUGUAUCUACUGGACCAAAUAAUCGACCUAAAUUACCUGUCAAAAUUACUGAAUGUGGACAAAUGUAAAAGAAGAGACAUGAAUAAAAUAAAAAAGUUUUAUUUUAUAUAAAUUAUGACAAAUCCUUAUAAUAUAAAUAAAAAAAAAAUGUUUGUUUUUAAAAAAAAUAAUAAUAAUGUCGCUUAUUAUAGCUAACAAAGGACUUUAUUGAAUUUGUCCAUUUUGUUGCUGCUGCUGCUGCUGUUGUUGUUGUUGUUGUUGUUGUUGUUGUUG